AAAAAUGAAUUUUUGUCUCUUCAGUUAGCUAAAAAGUAUCACCCUGACACUAAUAAAAGAGAUCCAGAAGCAGCUAAGAAAUUUCAAGAGGUUACAAAUGCCUAUGAGGUUUUGAGUGAUGAUAAGAAGAGAAAACAGUAUGAUCAGUUUGGAACAACAGCAGAUUUUGGGUCUGCUGGUACAACUGGAUUUCAUGAUUUUCAGUCAUCUAUUGACCCAGAGGAACUUUUUCGUAAAAUAUUUGGAGAUUUGGGAAUGAAGACUAGGUUUUCUGAUUUUGAUUUUGGAGAACCACAGUUUGGAUUUGGAAACUCACAAGAGGUCAUUAUGAAUUUGACUUUCCGAGAAGCAUCUCGAGGAGUCAACAAGGAUGUUAUAAUUAAUGUUCCAGACACUUGUAGUAAGUGUAAUGGUUCACGCUGUGAACCUGGAACUGAAGCAGUCAAGUGUCCUUCUUGUAAUGGAACAGGAAUGGAAACUGUUAGUAGUGGUCCUUUUGUUAUGAGGACCACGUGUCGAAGUUGUCAUGGGACUCGUAUGUACAUCAAGUUCCCCUGCACUAAUUGUGAAGGCAAGGGGACAACUAUACAAAGAAAAACUGUUACAGUACCAGUACCUGCAGGUGUGGAAGAUGGUCAGACUGUAAGAAUGCAAGUUGGAAAAAAAGAAUUAUUUAUCACAUUUAAGGUAAAUAUCUGUUUUUAGUUUAUAAAACAAUUGA